AUGGACCUGUUCAGCACGCUGACAGCGGGCGCCGCGCGCUUCGAUAAGAAGCGCUUUGGCAGGGACAUGUCCCUGUUUCAGUCCUCGCGACGAGACGAGCAGGGCGCGUCACAGGAUGUGGCGGCUCAGCGGAGCGCCGGCGCAGCGCUACCGGCCGCGCUGGACUUUUUCGGCAGUCAUGAAAAGGAGCGCGAGGCUACGAAGCCCGAGCCAGCUCGGACAGCCUCGCGUGAGCGUAUGCCGCCGCUCUCGCGCGCUGAACUCCCUGCCUUUUUGCGGACCCAUGAGCUCAAGCUGACGGGGACAGACGUGCCCCUGCCUCUCCGGACCUGGGACGACCUCGAGACGCGGUGGCACCUCGAGCCGUGGCUCCUUGAGAAUCUGCAAAAGGGCCCGUGGACCACGCCGACACCUAUCCAGUGCGGUGCCAUCAGUGUGAUGCUCGAGCGGCGCGACCUGCUGGCAGGCGCUCCCACGGGAUCCGGUAAGACGCUGGCGUUCUUACUGCCGACGCUCCAGCUUCUCCAAAAGCAUACCAAGCUAGGAUUCCGUGCCGUGCUUGUGAGCCCGACGCGUGAGCUUGCACAGCAGAUCUACGAGCAGCUGCAACUACUGACACAGGGCCAGGCGUUUCGUACAUGCCUCCUCACCAACGUGACCAAAAAAACGAGUGAAGCGCUGGCCAAGAAAAAGUUUGAUAUCCUCAUCACGACGCCCCUGCGCCUAGUCCAUGCGAUUCAGCAUGAAGAGGUGGCUUUGCACCGCGUGGAAAUGCUCGUCCUCGAUGAAGCCGAUCGACUCCUCGAGCAGGGCUUUCUGACACAGACGGACGAGAUUCUCGCAGCGUGCACCAACCCCAACCUGCGCAAGGCACUGUUUAGUGCGACGCUCCCUGCCGGCGUAGAAGAGCUCGCGCGCACCUUUAUGGUCGACGAAUGCCGCGUGCUCGUCGGCCAAAAGGACAGCGCCACAGCCACGAUUGACCAGCGCCUCGAGUUUACUGGGUCGGAGGACGGCAAAUUGCACGCGCUGCGAGCGCUGAUCCAGGCAGGUGGAAUGCAGCCGCCCGUGCUCCUAUUCGUCCAGUCAAUUCAGCGCGCGCGCGAACUCUUCCACGAGCUCGUGUACGACGGCCUACACGUCGAUGUGAUCCACAGCGAGCGGCCCAAGGCCCAGCGCGAAGCGGUCAUCGAGGCCUUCCGUCGCGGCGAUAUUUGGCUCCUUAUAUGUACAGAACUCAUGGCUCGAGGUAUCGAUUUUCAAGGCGUGAACCUCGUCAUCAACUACGACUUCCCGCAGACGGUGCAGAGCUAUAUCCACCGCAUCGGUCGCACAGGCCGCGCCGGCAAACAGGGCCGCGCCAUCACAUACUUUACCAAGGACGAUGCGCCGUACCUCAAGUCUGUCGUCAAUGUGAUGCGCCAGUCGGGCUGCGACGUGCCUGAGUGGAUGACCCAGCUUCCCAAGCCGUCCAAGAUGCUCAAGAAGAAGCUGCGCAGCCGACCCGUUUCACGCCAGGACGUGCGCGCUGCGUCCGGCAGCAGCUCCCUGGGCCGCCGCCUAGCGAAUCGGCAGCGGGACAUGGUCCAGGCAAGCAAGCGACGCAAACUCAUGCAUCGCUCGCAUCCGCCGACGCCGCACCCACACUGA